UUUCAAUCUCCACCCAGCUCUCAAAUCCGCGGCAAACGUUUAAGGGUCAUCUCAAAUUUUCUUACUUUUUCCCGGAAAAUCAUCAAUGGCGAGCCUUUUCGUCUCUCGCUUUAUCAGCUUAUAGAGACGAAAACCCUAGAAAAUAUGAGUCCUACGACGGCGACGGUCGAUGAUCCGGGACAGAUUAAACGUGCCCUCAUUGAUGCUUCUGCCGGAGCUAUCUCUGGUGGUGUUUCUCGUACCUUUACUUCUCCUCUUGAUGUCAUUAAGAUUAGAUUUCAGGUUCAGCUAGAACCGACGACUUCAUGGGGUUUGGUUCGGGGAAACUUGUCAGGAGCAUCUAAGUAUACUGGAAUGGUUCAGGCAACUAAAGAUAUAUUUAGAGAAGAAGGUUUUCGGGGGUUUUGGCGGGGUAAUGUGCCAGCUUUGCUUAUGGUCAUGCCAUAUACUUCAAUUCAGUUUACAGUACUACAUAAGUUGAAAUCUUUUGCAUCUGGUUCGACUAAAACAGAGGAUCAUAUACAUUUGAGCCCUUAUCUAUCCUUCGUCAGUGGAGCGUUAGCAGGAUGUGCUGCUACACUAGGAUCUUAUCCCUUUGAUCUUCUUAGGACAAUAUUGGCAUCACAAGGGGAGCCAAAGGUGUAUCCAACAAUGAGGUCUGCGUUUGUCGAUAUUAUUCAGUCUCGAGGCAUAAGAGGAUUGUAUAAUGGAUUAACACCAACUCUUGUUGAGAUUGUGCCUUACGCUGGCCUGCAAUUUGGCACGUAUGAUAUGUUUAAGCGUUGGAUGAUGGACUGGAAUCGAUACAUAUUAUCCUCCAAAAACCCGAUCAACGUGGAUACCAACCUUUCUAGCUUCCAGCUUUUUAUUUGUGGGCUUGGGGCGGGCACUAGCGCCAAGCUCGUCUGCCAUCCUCUUGAUGUGGUCAAAAAACGAUUCCAGAUUGAAGGUUUACAGAGACAUCCAAGAUAUGGAGCCCGAGUGGAGCGACGUGCAUACAGAAACAUGUUAGACGGUCUCAGACAGAUUAUGAUAUCAGAAGGGUGGCAUGGGCUGUACAAAGGCAUUGUGCCAUCGACUGUGAAAGCUGCUCCUGCUGGUGCUGUAACCUUUGUGGCCUAUGAGUUUACCUCCGACUGGCUGGAAUCAAUUUCUUGGUAGAGAUUUUACUCUUUUGAUACUUAUAUCUUACUGUCUCUAGCAUUUCUUAUAGGCGAAAAGGCCCCAUUCACGGGUGUGUUAAGUAUAUCAUAUAAACAUUGAUCAUUUUU